AUGGAAUGUCCAACUGAUCUCUUAUCAUCAAUUGAUCAACAUGCAACAUCGAAUAAUAUCACAUGUUCAUAUGAUUUUCCACCAUCAAUGGAUGAUGAUGAUGAUGAUGAUGAUGAUGAUGAUGAUGAUGAUGAUGAUGAUGGUGAUAAUAAUGAUAUGCCUGAAUCAUUAUAUAGUAUUGACGAAUCACAUAAUGUUUCAUAUACUGAUAAACAUCCUAUAUAUGAUACAACAUCUGUUACAGCUCAAUGGUAUCAUCCACCAGAUAUUAG